AUGCAAAAUCCUUUGCACCAGUGCGGUUCAGACCGUGACUACAUCGAGAAUAUGAUUUCCGAGAUUUGCGACGUCGGUUUUCCCGGAGUAACCGAGGCGACAAGCCUGUUCUGGAUCGCCGCCGACGACGAAUUAUGGAAACGGUUCUAUGAAACGUCUGUGUUAAACGCGGUGCUCAAUAUGAGAUUUUCAGAAUGGAGAAAAGAUUUAGUGGUGCGAGGUGAACACACGAGGCAGGAACUUGUGGCGGCGGACGAAAAUCUGUCCAAGGCCGCUGACUCUCUGCUUAAAGAACAAAUUUCACAGCAAGAAGAAAUGGCAGCGAUAGAUGAUCGGGCUUCAACGAGUUUAAAUUACCGGCUGGCGAAAAACAAACUGGAUAACGUGGACGAUUACAACAUUGAAUCGAUGAGAAAAAUUAUAAAUAAACUGGCCGCCGACUUUAAUUAUAAAUACCCCAACGUAUUGGAGGUAUCAGAUAGAGCUCGUGAUAACGGGAUCGAAUACCUGUCGGAAAGUUGCAUACGACGGAUUAUACGUGCGUAUGAUUUAAAAUAUGAAAUGUUCUACCCCGUAUAUAAAUCCAAAUUUGAGCACCGCGACACCAUUGUUUUGCGGUCGAAGUUCUUGAAUCGGAUGUGUGCGACGAAUGACCUUCGUCCAAUAAUAUACAUUGACGAGGCGUUUAUUAAUCAAAAUCUCUCCUCCGCGAAUUCGCCUGAAAUCAUACCGAAAAUAAACAGUAUUACUAAGGUUCCCGAAUUCGGCAGGCUCAUUGUGUUUCUCGCUGUUUCCAAUAAAACCGGGGUCGUGUCCAAACAUAUCUUCCGACCGAGUGGGGGCACGGCAGAAUAUUACCGUUCUCAAAUUACUAAUUUCCGUUUUAAACAUUGGUUCGUCAACCUGUUGAAUAAGCUCCCCGAAUCGUCCGUCAUAGUAAUGGACAAUUCACCUUAUCGGUCGUCCCUCUGUGAUGAUAAACCGUUAAGUGGAGUCGCUGACCUCGCUGCACUUCGCAGAUGGUUACGAAAGGAGGGAACUGAAUAUACCGUUGAACAAGUUUCGUGGAGAUACGAAUUGGACACGAUAGCUGGGAAAAUGGAGCACGAAGUCGUACGACUCCCGAGAUUCCAUCCCGAUUAUAGCCCGGUACAAACCCUGUGGAACAAAGUUAAGAUCGAGGUAAGCCAUGAAAAUCAAACGGGUGAUAUGGAAAAUUUACGCGUAAUCGUCAACCGAGCGAUCAUGAAUAUUGGCACUGAAAUGUGGCAGCAAUGUACGCAAGAACUGACAGAAAAGUUUUUCAAUGAUUUUCUAACAGAAUCUAUGUAA